AUCAGUGUAUCGCUAAUGUCAAUAACUAUAUCAUUACUUUUGCCCAACAAAUCGACGUGUCACUAGUGUCCUUUAGAUGAUUCUCCCCAUCACGUGUCAGGGUGCUUGAACGCGCAUGUCUGUACAUACUUAUUUGAACAGCUAUCUAUAUCACGAGACCAUUUAUAUACGUGUACCACAAGAUCAAAAUCACCAGUUGACCGUCAUCCAGCUCAGGACACCAGUCUACGGCCAUCCACCACACAACAUGCCUGCAUACAAACUAACCUACUUCACCGUCCGUGGGAGGGGUGAAUUGAUACGCCUUGCUUUAGAAACUGCAGGAAAAUCAUACGAAGAAGUUAAGGUCACAUUUGCAGACUGGCCUGCCUUGAAACCAAAUAUGCCCACCGGACAGCUGCCCGUGCUAGAGGUGGACGGGAAGCAGUUGGUACAGAGUCUUGCCAUAGCUCGCUAUCUAGGCAAGGAAUUCGGUAUGGCUGGUGAGUGUUCCAUGGAGCAGUGUCUGGUCGACCAGGUGAUAGAUACCGGUGCGGACGGCCUAACAGCCUAUGUCAAAUGGUACUUCGAGAAGGACGAGGAGAAGAAGGCGGAACUGAAGAAGGAAUUGGUUGAGACUACAAUCCCGAAGUUUGCCCAAAUGUUCACAACUUUCCUGGAAAACAGUGGAGGCAAAAACGGAUUCUUCGUUGGAUCAAAAUUGACGCUAGCUGACCUUGCCUGUCACGAGGCAUUCACGGACUUUCUCCAGUUGAAUGCUGAUGCCCUGAAUGAUUUCCCGAAAUUAGCAGCAAAUCGCCAAAAGGUUGAGGAAAACGAAACCUUAAAGCAGUACCUGGCCAAGCGUCCCGAAAGCGUCAUCUAGUGUCCAUAUCAGUGAAAUGUUUGUUGGCAGCAUUGUUUAUGUUAUUUAAAACCUAAUAAAAUCAUAACUAACUGUUAAUUGGUUCAUAUUAUGUACAGAAAACUACUGUUCACGCGGACGAGCAUAUUGCAUUUAUCAUUAAAAAGACAGAUGGCCUAUAUGUAUCGUAAACAAAUGUCCGGUCUUCUUUUUAUGUUCAGAUAUUAUGGAAAUUUCCCACGGAUAAAUAAUACAUAAAUAUGCAUAUUAAUAUGGUAAUUACGAAAAAGAAAAAAAAAAUCUUUAUGAUGAUUAUUGUU